UUUAACUCGUCGCUACAAAGUUCGCUCACGCUGUCGAUCCGCAAAUUUAGCGACGCAAAAUUAGAAACUCGCUUUAAUUAAAUAAUAAUUAAUUAACAACAAAAUGUCAAAACUAGCGCCGAAAAUCAAGUUGAACAAUGGCCAGGAAAUGCCUGUGCUGGGCCUGGGCACAUGGAAGUCAUAUGAAUCCGAAGCUUAUCAAUCAACGCGCGAUGCCAUCGAUGCUGGCUACAGACACAUAGACACCGCAUUUGUCUAUGAGAACGAGCAAGAGGUGGGCAAAGCAAUACGCGAGAAAAUUGCCGAAGGUGCUGUCAAGCGUGAGGAGAUCUUUAUUACCACUAAACUGGGUGGCAUACAUCACGAUCCUGCUGUGGUGGAGCGCGCCUUUAGACUGAGUCUGAGCAAUUUGGGUCUGGAAUAUGUGGAUUUGUACUUAAUGCAUUUGCCAAUUGGGCAAAAGUUUCACAACGAUAACAAUGUGCAUGGCACUUUGGAACUUACCGAUGUGGAUUACUUGGAUACGUGGCGUGAGAUGGAGAAGCUUGUGGAUCUGGGACUGGUACGCAGCAUUGGUCUGUCCAAUUUCAAUGCUAAGCAAACGGAGCGUGUGCUGCAAAGCUGUCGCAUCAAGCCAGUGGUGAAUCAAGUGGAGUGUCAUCCAGCCUUCCAGCAGAAAAAGCUGCGUGAGCAUGCCAAGCAGCAUGGUCUGAUCAUUUGCGCUUAUUGUCCGCUGGCACGACCACAGCCUGCGCGUCACUGGCCGCCCUUCUUGUACGAUGAGCAGGCGCAAAAGAUGUCCAAGAAAUAUGGACGCAGCACAGCACAAAUAUGUCUGCGUUAUCUCAUUCAAAUUGGUGUUGUGCCGCUGCCCAAGUCAUCGAACAAGUCGCGCAUUGCUGAGAACUUUAAUGUGUUUGAUUUCGAGCUAGCUCCGGAGGAUAUGACUGCCAUGGAGCGUUAUCAUACAGGUGUGCGUACAGUUCCCUUUAGUGGCAUGUCUGGGCACAAGUACUAUCCAUUCCAUGAUGAAUUCUAGACAUAAGAAUAUUUAAUAAACCACUUGUUUUAACAAA